GCCGGGGACACGAAAAUGAGGGGAUUGUGGGGCUGGUGUCGUAGGUCUUUGACUUCUUUGAGCCCGUUUGGUGUGGGAAGAGGUUGUGAGGAUCUUCCCUAACGCAUCUUACGUGGGAAAUUGCCGCCACAGGCCUGAUAUCACUAUCCGCGAAGGAAGGGCUCUUGCCGCAGGCGAGUACGUGGUGUGUGGCCGUGCAGCAGCAUCUCUUCGGAACCGAGAGAGGCAGGCGCUCUUGUUGUCCGUACUAAACGGGCUGUGUCUUGCUUAGGGUCUGCCGUCCUGUAACUGGCAGAACCGUAGUCUCUGGAGCUGGCCAAGAAGGAGCAUUUUUUUUCGGGGAGGUUUAGGAAGGGAGUCUAGGUCCUCCUCUCAGCAACGCUACAGGCUUUUCUACCCCCAGGCAGCUGACUAGCCGUUCUUCUCUGAGAAGGAAGGGGGUUCUUCUGCUUUUUGCAACUGUUACAAGAUGGGGUCUUGUGGGCAAAGCAAUGCCUGUGUAACUGAACUGUUGUUUCAAGUGAAGAAGUUAUUCAAAGUCUAGAAGGAGGUGUAGAUUUUAAUUUUAAUGGAACCAGUGUAUCAAAACAUUCAAACUGCUGCAUAUUCAUUCAGAAUCAACUAUCUGAAGGAAGAGUAUGGUGUAUUCUGGGCUGCUUUACCAUUGGCUCCAAUAACAGGCCUGCACACUGCAAUGCAGAUGGCUCCUUGUAGAAAUAAUCAACCUUCAGAAGCUCAUGAGUUCUCAAAGAAUAACACAUACCCCUUUUUACUUAAUAAAGCCACCUUUUUUUAAAACCAUGCUUAGGUGUGUCCAUCUCCCUAUGAACUCAUCUUCUAGUAAGAAGCUUUUCGUACCAUUGAGUCCAAAUGAGAUCAGGACGAUCCAGUGUGUAUCAGUAGAGCCAAGAGUGGGAGAGUUUCCAGCAAAGUAUCCUAGGCCUCUUCCAGGGCCUCAGCAACACCUCAGACCAUGUGGAAUGCGGAUGAGAUUGCUCAGCUGUGUUACACACACUAUGGAACCAAACUGCCCAAGCAGGGGAAGCCUGAGCCAAACCGUGAGUGGACAUUACUAGCAGCCGUGGUGAAAAUACAGUCUGCAGCUAACUGGGACUUUGAUUCCCCUGACAAGCGAGUGCAAGUGACAAAGGAAGUUGUCUCAAUGGGAACAGGAACGAAAUGCAUAGGCCAGUCCAAAAUGAGGAAGAGCGGAGACAUCCUCAAUGACAGCCAUGCUGAGAUCAUAGCCAGAAGGAGUUUCCAAAGGUACCUUCUUCAUCAGCUCCGUUUGGCAGCUGCCCUGAAAGAGGAUAGCAUCUUUAUCCCAGGAACUCAAAGAGGACUGUGGAAACUCAGACCAGACCUCUUUUUUGUGUUUUUCUCCAGCCAUACUCCCUGUGGCGAUGCCUCCAUCAUUCCAAUGCUUGAGUUUGAAGACCAGCCUUGCUGUCCUGUCAGCAGAGAUUGGGUCAACAGCCCAUCUGUAGUGGUCAGUGGUAACCUGGAAGCUCCUAAAAACGAAGGGAAAUGUGAAGAUUCUGAUAGUCCUGUAACCAAAAAGAUGAAACUUGAGCCUGAAGCUCCUGCCAGGGAAGUCGCCAGUGAUGUAACUCACCGUCAGAGUUUUGAUAAGCAGGAAAGUGGCCAAAUCUCACCAACUGUCAGCAGCUCUAAUUUUACUGCAGAGGGACUGGCCACUGUGACCAUUACAGCCCCAAGUGGUGCCAAGGUGGUGGAUGUUUAUAGAACUGGAGCCAAAUGUGUGCCUGGAGAAGCUGGAGACUCGGGAAAGCCAGGCCCGGAGUAUCACCAGGUGGGGCUGCUCCGAGUGAAGCCAGGCCGGGGAGACAGGACCUGCUCCAUGUCCUGCAGUGACAAGUUGGCUCGGUGGAAUGUCGUCGGAUGCCAAGGGGCGCUGUUGAUGCACUUUUUAGAAGAGCCCAUCUACCUGUCCGCUUUGGUCAUUGGGAAAUGCCCUUACAGCCAGGAAGUCAUGCAGAGAGCAUUGAUUGGGAGGUGUAGAAAUGUCUCAGCUUUACCCAAAGGCUUUGGAGUUCAAGAGCUGAAAAUACAGCAGUCAGAUUUACUAUUUGAACAGAGUCGCUGCGCAGUGCAGGCUAAAAGGACUGACAGCCCAGGCCGGUUUGUUCCCUGUGGGGCAGCCAUCAGCUGGAGUGCAGUUUCUGAGCAGCCCCUGGAUGUUACUGCCAACGGCUUCCCACAGGGAAUAACAAAGAAAGGCAUCAACAACCAUCAGGCCAGAUCACGAAUCAGCAAAGUGGACCUCUUUAGAUCAUUCCAGAAACUGCUAAGCAGUAUUUCAGAGGACAAGUGGCCAGACUCCCUCAGGCGGCAGAAGCUAGAGACGUACCAGGAGUACAAGGAAGCUGCAUCUGCUUACCAGGAAGCCUGGAGUGCACUCCGGAGGCAGGCAUUUGGAUCCUGGAUCAAAAACCCACCAGAUUAUCACCAGUUUAAAUGAGAAGGGAAAGUUUGCAGAGAACUUACUGGUGGCAGGAUGUUUUCAGCGCUUCAACCGUCUUCUUCCUUCGUACUGCACAAGCCUUAGCUUUUCUGGUGGCUGAGUCAGAAAAAAAGUCUUCUACCAGAGCAUUGUGUCUCUUGUGUAAUAUGGAUGGAGUUCCAGAACAUAGAGCCAUUUAUACUUGAUUGAAGAAGCACUCUGCUAAAACGGCAUCUCACUAAUGACCUGAGUGUCUGUACUAAGUUGUGUUUUACUGGUUUUCUAAAAUAUGAAAUAAGAGUUUGGAAUGCGAUGCCUUAAAAAUACUCUGCAGGACUCAAAUUCUAGUAAAAAGACCAGAAUUAAUGGUCUAACUGAGACUGGAGGAACCCCGGAAAGCG